GUUGCUGGUUACUCGUGUGAUGCACAUUCAAAAUUACAAGAUUUCCCGUAGGCCAUGUGUACCGUCGACAAAUUUACGUCUUUCGAUCUAGCAAUUGAUAUGUUUCAGGAUAACUUGUCCAUAUAAUAUUGUAAUAUAGUGCAGAAUUACAUUCAAGUAGAACGAGGAGGUGUGUUGCGCAUUUGACGGCAGACGGUCGCUGUCUUAUAAGAGUGCCGCAAAGAAACGAAGUUGGAUCUUAAACUAACGCUUAUGGACAACAUUUCUCCAGUUUAAGAUGAACGGUGACGGCAAGCAUAUGCGUCUCCGCGAGUGGUUAAUAGCUCAAAUAGACGGCGGAAAUUAUGCAGGGCUGAGUUGGGAAAACCAGGAGAAAACCAUGUUUAGAAUACCUUGGAAACACGCGGCAAAGCAGGAUUACAAGCAGGAUGCAGACGCUGCGUUAUUCAAGGCAUGGGCUGUGUACAAAGGCAAGUAUAGAGAGGGACGAGACAAAGCUGACCCUUCCACUUGGAAGACCCGUCUGCGCUGUGCCCUGAACAAGAGCACAGACUUCCGGGAGGUCCCUCAGCGCAGCCAGCUGGACAUCUCUGAGCCCUACAAGGUGUACCACAUUCAGGCAGAGGGAGGCAGCGCCAUGGUAUCUCCUGGGCCUCAUGUGAUCUACCUGGGCAGCCAGCCUGACACACCCCUCAGUGUACCAGCCAAUCUCCCCCCGCAGUUAAGCUUUCGUGUUGAUCAGAAGGAGAGGAUGGAUACCAGCCGUCAGGCCCUGCAUACUAUCAGCCUGGGCACACAAGGCCAGUCUGCCCCCACAAACUGCGAGGACAGUCUGAAGCCUAUCGCAUAUCGAAUGUCUGGUUCUUUGUCAACUGAUUGCUUCCUGCCAGCUACCCACAUAUCAGGGUCCCGAAUCACAGAUUUCCGUCUGCAGGUGCGUCUGUACUACCAGGGUCAGCUGGUCCAGGAUGUCACCACUAGCUCAGCGGAUGGCUGCUGGAUCCUGCAGGGCUCGGUGCCCGUGGAGAAUGAGCGCAUCUACGGGCCCUGCACGGCAGACCAGGUCUGCUUCCCCCCGCCCAAACUGGCCCGGGUGCCGCUGGGCAUCGCCCAGGCCAUGGCCCGCCUGCUGCCCCACCUGGAGCGCGGCGUGCUGCUCUGGGUCGCCCCCGACGGCGUCUUCACCAAACGCUUCUGCCAGGGCCGUGUGUACUGGGGAGGCCCCCUGGCCCAACACCAGGACAAACCCAACAAGCUGGAGCGGGAGAAGACCUGCAAGCUGCUGGACAUGCCCAUCUUCCUCAAGGAGCUGCAGCAGUACCUGCAUGGAGGUGGCCCCAAACCACGCUUUGAGAUUGACCUCUGCUUUGGGGAGGAAUUCCCUGUAUCCAACCAGAAUAAAGCCCAGAAACUCAUCACAGCACAAGUUGAACCCCUGUUUGCCAGAAAUAUGUUGCUGAACAUCAAGAAGUCAGAGAAGGAGGAGGACAGUGCCUUAGGCGGGCAAGUCUGGGACAGUGGACGACCAACAGAGCCCACCACAGCUUGUGCAUCUACUGCAGACCUGCCAUUUUCACAGAGGACGAGUCCACUCAUGGAGACGGGAGGAGGAACAGAACUAGAGAGAGAAAGGAGUGAGGUAGGGAGGGAUGGAAAAAGGGGUUUGUAAGACCAGCUGGACAGCUCUGUUGCAACAGUGUGGGAACUGACAGAUCUUUUUACCAAGGUUCUGGGGUCCAUUCUCAAUGCUGUUGUACCCUUCAACAAAAAUGAGUGUAAAAAUGUAGGUCACUUUGGACAAGAAUGACUGCUAAAUGCCAACAUGUAAUGUAAGACAAAGAGACUGGGAAAAACAGGCUGAGGGAGGUAAGAUAGAAUGAGGCAGAGGGAGAUCGUUCAUGAAGGUUGCUCUAUUUUGCCUAUAAACUGACACAUACACUUAUAAUUUCUUCUGCUUUAUUUGGGCUAUGGCUCUUUUGACGAAACUUUGCUUUGCAGAAAUAAGUCAUUAAAUGUAGAAUAUUUGUUUAUGAGCAUAGGAACAGCUGAUUUACUUUUGUGUUCUUAUUACAUGACAUGGAAUGAAAGUAUUAUUUUUUUGGUGAGAUAUGUAUUUUUUCAAAUAAUCAAAUAAAUCUUCUUAAACUUGAUUUUGUUUAAGACAAUUUAAGUUUUAAAAUGAACACAGCUUUUUAUAAUUAAAGUUUUUAUUCCACAGUGUAAAAUCAACCUUUUUGUACAAUACGUUUCUUUACAAUUAGUUGAUUAUUUAAUUGUGGAAGUGAAGCUUGUCAUGUCUCUUAUAAAUAGUUUCUAUUUGUUAAAGCAGUGAAGAGUAAGCACAGUUAUCUUUGGCAUAAGCUGCAAGGCAACACCUUGAGUACCUUCAGUGUCUGAGAGAGACUCCUGUGAAAAAAUCCAAAAGAAUGUAUGUGUUAAGAUGCACUGAUUUAUGGCAGCUGCAAGAUAAUAAAUAUUUA